AAAAUAUUCGUAGCAAACACAAAACAUUUAAAUCUUCAGUUAAAUAAAAAAUAUAAAUAAAAAAAGGUAAAUGGAAACCUGUAACAAAAAUGGAUCCAUGGCCGAGGAGCUCGAGGUGGAGGAAACGGAAGAUUUCCACGAUCUGGACGAGUUCAACGAAGACAACGUGGCUAGUGGCAGCGGAAAGAAAGACGAACGUUUCGUAGUCAAGAAGUGGGUGGCCCAUGCGCAUUGGUCCUGGGAUGUGGCUGUGGACAACUGCGCCAUUUGCCGAAAUCACAUUAUGAAUCUGUGCAUUGAGUGCCAGGCGGAUCCGAAUGCGAAUAAGGAUGAGUGCACUGUGGCAUGGGGUGAGUGCAAUCAUGCGUUCCACUAUCACUGCAUUGCCCGUUGGCUCAAGACUCGCCACGUCUGCCCGCUGGACAACAAGGAGUGGGUCUACCAAAAAUAUGGCCACUAG